AUGCCGCACAGCAGUGCUGCCAGCGACCUUGCUGGCCUCGACAUGUCGGCGCCCCAGCCCGCACAGGCGACCAAGAACCCAUUUUUGAUGCAGCAGCCAUCUACUGAGGCCACAGCGGCUCCGGCCGCGAGUACGCUGAUGCCCGCCCUCGGUGCCCCUGUGGCCUCGACCAACACGGGUGGCGAGGAGCCUCUGAGCUACCUGGCGUCGGGCGUCUCGCCUGCGACGACCGAUCCUCAGCAGGACGCGGUCGUCCGCUCGUACCCGGUGCCUAUGCACGCGCAAGCGUCGGCGCCGGAGGGCACGCUCUCCGGGGAGGAUACGAAUAUGGGCGGGGCGCUUGCUUCGGGAAGUGCUGCAGCGCGUGCAGCGACCAGCUCUGCACCGACAGGCGUAACAAACUCGACGCAGUGGUCGCUUAAAGAUGUGUUUUGGCACGGGCGCGAGACCAAGAUCAUUAUGGAAAACGAGCUAGGACCCUGCUCUCUCAUUGCCCUUUGCAACUGCCUGCUGCUGGAGCGCCGCCUCAAGAUUGUUCCGGCGGACCGCCCCGCAGUGACGUAUGGCUACCUGUCGAACCUGCUCGCCGAAUACCUACUGGAGGCGAGCACGGCUACGGACCCCUCGAAUGAGCUGGGCCAGGUGCUGAACUCACUGCCUUCACUACUGCAAAACUUUGAGGUGGAUGUCUACUUCGACGCGCCGAACAAGUUUGGCGCGGAUCCGCUGACGCACCGCUCCGCGGAGCUCUCCCUCUUCAGCAUCGCAGACGUAUCGCUGCUGCACGGCUGGCUCGCUGACCCUUCCGAUACGGAGACAUAUGAGGCGCUGCGCGCCAUUGGCAGCUAUGGCCGCGCCAUGUCGUCGUCGCUGGCAGACGCAAGUGAGCCCGUGCGGGACUUUAUCCAAUCGACGCCGUCGCAAGUCACGCCGUACGGUAUUGAGGCUAUGAAGUCCGUGCUGCCACCCGGACAGGUCGGCGUGUUUUUGCGCAAUGCGCACCUGUAUGUCCUCUACCACCGCCGCGCCGAGGAAGGUAUGAGCGGCGGUCCCCAGCUGUUCAUCCUCGUUACCGACCGCGCGUACCUGCUGGAUGACGCAGUUUGUAUGCCCCAAAGCUACUACGAUGCCAACCUGGUUCCUGUCUCCGGCGACCUGUCGGCGGGUGCGGGCACGACCGAGGAAGACGACUAUGCUCUGGCAAUGCGCCUGCAGGGCCAGGAGCGUGACCGCGCACUCGCCUACCGCAGUGCAUUUAAGGAGCGCGCCGAUGCGCGCCGCAAAUACAAGGAAGAGAACAAGUCCUCAUUCAAGAAGCUCAUGGCCAAAGUGCAUAAGAAGGACAGUGACAAGAUGUGCACGAUCAUGUAA